AUGCUUGUUGCUGAGAUUGUGCUUCCAGAAGGCCCCGGAGAUGGUAAACUGCAGGAAGGUGACGUCCUGGUCAAGGUCAAUGGAGAUCUCCUCACUCAGUUCGUCAAGCUAGAUGCCAUCCUGGACUCUUCUAUAGGACAGGACGUCACUUUGUUGGUACAAAGAGGCGGCGAGGAUCUCGAGGUCAAGUGUCAGGUACAGGACCUUCAUGGCAUUACUCCUUCACGGUAUGUCAGCGUUGCUGGUGCUAUCUUCCAUGACCUAUCGUACCAGCAGGCAAGACUGUAUUCCAUUCCUUGCCGUGGAGUCUACGUCUGUGAAGCCGCCGGCUCUUUUAAGCUGGAAAACGCUUUUUCCGGCUGGAUUAUUGAUGCCAUUGACAAGAGACCGACCAAGAACUUGGAUGAAUUCAUCCAAGUUAUGAAGACCAUACCUGAUCGUGCAAGAGUGGUUCUAUCAUACAAGCAUAUCCGUGAUCUUCAUACCAGAGGAACUAGUGUCGUGCAUAUAGACCGCCAUUGGCACCCUCAGAUGAGGCUUGCCGAGAGAAACGAUGCUACUGGUCUCUGGGAUUUCACUGACCUGGCCGAUCCUUUGCCUGCAGAACCUCCUGUUCCCAGACGUGCAGACUUUAUCCAUCUCAAUGGUGUCAAACACGCUGCUGCUAAUGAUAUUGUUCGCAGCUUUGUCCGCGUAUCUUGUACCAUGCCCGUCAGGCUCGAUGGGUUCCCACAAGCCAGGACUCAUGGUUUCGGUCUGGUCAUCGAUGCUGAAAAGGGGCUUGUCAUUAUUUCCCGAGCCAUCAUUCCAUUUGAUCUCUGUGACAUUAACAUCACAGUCGCUGAUUCCAUCAUAGUCAGAGGCAAGGUUGUUUUCAUGCACCCGCUUCAGAACUAUACGGUCAUCCAGUAUGAUCCCAGCCUGGUUCAGGCUCCCGUCAAAUCCGCCAAAUUGAGCACAGAAUACAUGCAGCAGGGUGCCGGAACUCUCUUCGUUGGCUUCAACCAGAACUUCCGUAUCGCUGUAACGGCCACGACUGUCACGGAUAUAACCACUGUUGCAAUCCCGCCCAAUGCCGCUGCUCCACGAUACCGUGCUAUCAACCUGGAUGCUAUCACUGUCGAUACAGGACUCAGCACCCAGUGCACCAGCGGUGUUCUGUUAGGAGAAGAUGGUGUCGUCGAGGCUCUCUGGCUCAACUACCUGGGUGAACGAACCGAAAGCUCUCACAAAGAUGUCGAGUAUCAUCUAGGUCUAGCUACACCAUCUCUCCUCCCAGUCCUUUCUCAGAUCCAAAGCGGUGCCAUCCCCAAGCUUCGCAUCCUCGACAUGGAAACCUACGUUAUCCAGAUGAGCCAGGCUCGCGUCAUGGGCGUAUCCGAAGAAUGGAUCCGCAAGGUUGCCAUCGCUAACCCAGCGCGCCAUGAGCUAUUCAUGGUACGAAAAGUAGACUGUGCUUCUCCUUCGUCGACGGAUACAAGGCCACUGGAGGAAGGAGACAUUAUUCUCACACUGAAUGACAAACUUGUCACUCGCGUCUCGGACUUUGACGCUAUGUACGAUCAAGAGUCGCUAGACGCUCUCAUCGUGCGUAACGGCGAAGAGAUGAAGAUACAAAUCAAAACCGUUCCUACAGAGGACCUUGAGACCGACAGAGCACUUAUCUUCUGCGGAGCAGUCUUGCAGAAACCCCACCACGCCGUCAGACAGCAGAUAUCUAAACUGCACUCCGACGUAUAUGUCAGCGCAAGGGUAUGA